AUGUUCAGUCCCAGUGUUCUGUUCAAGGCCCCCGAGGUCAAUCCUAUCAACCACAAGGCUCGCUCCAUUCCCUUCUUCAAUGUCGUCAACAUGUACGGACGAGUCUUCUUCUUCAGUUGGUUUGGUUUCUUCGUGGCCUUCUGGUCGUGGUAUGCUUUCCCUCCACUUCUGAAAGACACCAUCGGCAAAGACCUUCAACUGACAAAGACCGACAUUGCCAAUUCCAACAUUAUCGCUCUUUGCGCAACCUUGCUGGUUCGGCUCAUCUGUGGCCCAGCAUGUGAUCGCUUUGGCCCACGCUGGACCUUUGCAGGUACUCUGGUCAUUGGCGCUAUUCCCACGUUCCUCGCUGGGACCUGCUAUACCAAGUCGCAGCUUUUUGCUUGCCGCUUCUUCGUCGGCAUUCUCGGUGGCUCUUUUGUGCCGUGUCAAGUCUGGUCGACCGGCUUCUUUGACAAGAACGUGGUCGGCACAGCCAAUGCAAUCAUCGCAGGCUUCGGCAACGCAGGUGGAGGAGUUACCUACUUCUUGAUGCCGACUAUAUACGACUCGCUCGUCGAAGACCAGGGCUACAGCCCGCACGUCGCUUGGCGUAUCACUUUCAUCGUGCCCGGCGUCAUAAUCCUCACUGUGGCUGCGGGCCUGUUCUUCCUUUGCGAUGAUACGCCGACCGGCGCCUGGACAGACCGUCAUCUCGUUGCACAAAGCAAUCUCGUUGCCCACGGCAUCAAUGCCUCUAUUGUCGACGCCCCAGCCGGCAUCAAAGCCACAAGCCACGACUCCGGUACCGCGUCUCCUGACGACAUGGAGAAGGGCACACCGCGCAAGCUCUCCGCCCACGCCGACCACGAGGCGAGCCUCACGGAGCAGCAAAUGAUCGACACGGCGCGCGGCGAGAUCAUCCAGCCGCCCACCUGGACACAAAUGAUCCGCGUCAUGUUCCAGCCACAAACCCUUGUCCUCGCCUUCUGCUACUUCAACAGCUUCGGCGCCGAGUUGGCCAUCAACUCGGUGCUUGGCGCAUACUACCAGCACAACUUCCCCAGCCUGGGCCAGACGCAUUCAGGUCAGUGGGCCGCCAUGUUCGGCCUGCUCAACGUUGUGACGCGCCCGCUUGGCGGCAUCAUCGCCGACAUCCUCUACCGCCACACGCACAGCCUGUGGGUGAAGAAGUUCUGGAUCCACUUCUUGGGCAUCGUGGCGGCCGCCUUCCUCGUCGCUAUUGGCGUCCUCGAUACCCACAAUCAGAGCACCAUGUUCGGCCUCAUCGCGGCGAUGGCGGUGUUUCUCGAGGCCGGCAACGGUGCCAAUUUUGCGCUCGUUCCGCAUGUCAACAGCCAGGCCAAUGGCAUCGUCAGCGGCAUGACCGGCGCGACGGGCAACGCGGGAGGAAUCAUCUUUGCCGUCAUCUUCCGCUUCGUGGGCACAACGGGCAAGAGUUUCUGGAUCGUUGGUGUCAUUGGGGCUGCUAUCAAUUUGGCGUGUAUGCCGAUUCGGCCUGUGAGCAAGAAGCAGAUUGGUGGGCAGUAG